GCCUCGGAUGGUAUCAAUCUUACAGGUACCAUCAGGCAGUGAGAGCCUGAUCUGUUAGUAGUGUUGGGAAGUACGCCGGCCUUGUGCGGGUAGUAGCAAUCCAUAUACUGUAUAUAUAGAGAAACGUAGUUCUCCAUAGACACACAAUCGCACAGUUGGACAUAUUAUUCCCAACAGUGUACAACUACAACACCACAGCAUAACACUCAGAAAUAGUAUCAACCCUGCAGUACGUACCAUAUGUGGGCAUGCAUACUCUACGGCUUGAUAGCCGCAUUCUCAACAAGCGCCAAUAGUCACGCGAGUGCUUCUCCGUCGGUGCUAGCACCAACAGAGGUUUCUGCUGCACCACGUGUAGUACAACUCAGACCAUCGCCAACACCCGAGCCUUCACAGAAGACUAGGGAGUAUGUUCUGUACCCUUUAGGACUCACUACGACACUAGGCACUACGCAGCUGCCUGGGAAUGGUAUCAAAGCACUGCAAACCACCACUGCCGUGUUGAAUACAACACAAGCGGCGACUGAUGCCAAGUUCUACGACGAUUCCGUGUUCAUGUCGUCGACGGGUACUCCGCUAGGCUACAGUGGUAUCUUCACCUUCCAGGAUAGUUCCAUAAAAUCUGAGCGUGUGACCGCUAUCACUGCCCGUAUUCUGUGGAACGGUCCGGACGAGUAUAACCUAUGGGAGUGUGCACUGCAACGUACAACUGGCACGGAAGCUCCCAUAGUAGACAACCGUCUUGCUGGUGACUUCCUGUGGAGCGAGCUUGUGGGGAGUGUCAGUGAUUCAGCCGAUUCGUUUGUGAGUACCACGGGUGGGUUGUACAUGCGAUGCUUUACGAACGGUCCGAAUGGGACGUACGAUAACGCCUUUAUUCACAGAAUGGAGCUGUUGGUUGUAGAGGGAACUACUCAGAAAGACCCCCAGAAAGACCCCCAGCGUGUGGAUGGGCUUUUUGCCUCACACUCAGCUCACCCCAAGUCUUUGUCUACGAGCAUAGGCCAGGUUGUGGCGCCAUCAGAGGGGAUUCAAACAUUAAGCACAGUCACAGGCAAGAACGAAGCUCCUCAAAAUGUGUAUGAGUUCCAGUCCAACGGCACUGUACGGAAGGGAUACAGCGGCGUGUUCGUGUUCGAUCUCCCCGCAGCUGGCAGAAACAUCACGAGUGUCGCAUUAACGUCCAUGUGGCUGGGACCGGAGGGGGAGUGGAACAAAUGGCAGUUCGCUCUGAUGAACUUCCAGACGAAAACAGAGACAGGCGUACUUACCAAUGACGGAGCUAUCGACUGGAAUUGGACCAUGCUACAAGGUAAUGCCACCUUCACAUACCCGGAAGGUGGCUACCUUAAUGGCAAACACGAGAUGCAUGUGCGAUACUUCACCGAAGGUCCUGUAGGUACGUUCGACGACUCAGCUAUGGACAGUCUCGAGCUCACGGUACAUGAGAACGAAGUGCGACCCCCAAGACCCAGCGCACUACCUAAACCUGCGGUGAGUGCCCCCGCUAUACCUGUGCGAUCGUCUAAGGAUUGGACGGCGGGUGUACGUGUAUGUGGUAUGAGUCUGAACAUCGCGGUGGAUAAUGAAGCAGCAUUGAAUGCUAAGAUUGACGAGUAUAUGCGGGAUGGAUGUUCGGUGGUGGAAUUUGAUACUGGCCUCUCGAACUUACACACCGACGCGCAAUUCGCUCAGCAGGUGGCGUAUCUGGCAAUGGCAUCGAAGCUCGCUAAGGGUGCUGGUCUACGAUCGGUGAUAUACAUCCCUUCACUAGAGGUGAACAUACCAGGUGGAUGCCUGAAAGGCUCAGGGGCACCCACAGAACUCAGUAUGACUAACGAUCCACAGAAGUCCACCUGGUUGCAGACUAAUUUGGCCGGGAUCAAGAACGUGUUUUGCGGUGAGUUGGAAGUGUGGGUGACUGCGGGGAUGGAGAGUGCUUGGUUUGACCCCAACAAUGAAGGUUUCAGAGCUUGGUUUCUGGGCAGGAUACGUGAUUUGGCCAAAUCCACCGACCUCGACGGAUAUUGGGCUGAUGUCCCCAUGUUUAGCGAUACAGCCGGCUCCUGGUUUGGCGCGGGGCCUGAUUCGGACCGCCUGUUUGCCCUCUGGUCUAAGAAACAAGGACUCAACCAAGGAAAAGGGUACAGUGCCUGUCCCUCGGUACAGGAUGCGGAUAGUAGACAGCUCAACUAUCGAGCGUGGCUGAGAUGGAGACACGAGACUCUGGCGGAUUGGCAGGAGAGUAUACGGGUGGCAGCUGAGGAAGUACGGCCCACUUUCAAGGUGAUCGCAGAGGUGUACCCCAUGGAUUAUCUGGACCCACUUUGGACCGGUUUGGAUGCGGUGCGGAGGAAUGACAGUCUCCUGCGGGUGUGGGAGGUGGACUCGGUGUCCAACACCAACGGCAUGGAGUACAGCACUAGGGAGGACUUUCGGACUAAAAUAGCCCUAAACAAGUACGCACGCGCUGCUGACAGUGACACACCAUCGUGGGUGUUUGCGUACGGCAACAAGGAUCUUGAUACAGGCUUGGUUAUGGGUGCUGCGGUAGCGAGUGGGUGUGGUGUGUUUGAGUGCAAGACACCGUCUAUGACCACAAGCGUAGGGAGUGAGUUCAGGCGACGCUGGAUGACAUGGAUUGAGCGUAUGGAUGCUGUACUCUUCGAUCGACCACGCAGAGCGGAUGUAGGGGUGAUACACUCUGCUGCUACCAGGAACCACUACGACCACCCGAAUGGGGGUGCGUACGGCAUGUAUCUGGAAAGCACCAAGACACCCGCCACCGAUGACUCGUGGUGGGCUGUGGCUGGACCUAAUUCGUCUCUUAUCAAGAUGAAGCACGUUGGGGCGUACAAAGGUAUGAUGGGAGCCCUCACCCAGCUGCAAGUGCCCCAUAAAGUCAUCCUCGACCACACGGAUGGUAUGCAAUCGCUAGAGGGACUGAAGGUGCUGAUACUACCCUCUGUUGCGGCCAUGUCCGAGGCAAGCGCAGUGAAUAUUCGAUGGUUUGUGUAUCGGGGUGGCGCGGUGUUUGCCACUGGGACUGUUCCUGGUACUUUGGAUGAGGAUGGCACUCCCCGCAACCAGUCUGUAUUGGCUGAUAUGUUCCAGUUCGGUACUCAACCGGGUGCUGCUACACGGGCGCGUGUUAGUUCGUAUGGUAAAGGGGUUGCGGUGUAUCGCCCGGAUAUUGGAGUCCGAGAACUGUUUAACGGAGAGGCUGAGGCUGUGCCCGAAGGACCGGCGUCGGUAAGUGCACGUGCCAAGACUAUGGAUCAGAUCAAGCUGUUCAUACGCACUCACGUGGCUGAAGAUGUUAUCGUGCAGCGUCUUCUGCCGGACGGCACAACUGCUGCGACGACAAAGCUAUACCUAGAGGUGGGUGAAGCGAGCACGGAUAGUUCUACUCAGGCGUUGUACCUGCUGAACUUGGAUGGGCUGAAGGUGCCAGUUAUGACAUCCCCCAUGACCGUGCGCGUAUACUAUCGCGCCCCAGCUGGCACCCAACUCAAGGGUUCAGUUGGCGUACACAGCCCCGAUGUAUCGCAGUGGGUGGGAGGUGUGGUUGCACAGCGUGUGAAUCAGCCGGGAAGUGCGUCGGAAGAGAGGGCAGAGGCUUUGUUGGGUUUAUGGUACUACUUUGACCUGACUGUGGACCAGUUCUCAGUGAUGGUGGUGCAUCUGGAACCGUGCACCCCGCCCACUCUACCAGCGGUGUCAGCACCUCUACUUGCUGGCGCGUGGAAGGAUACGGUGACCGAGGGCUUGUCGUUUAUCAAGACCAAGAUGCGGAAUCACAACUUGUUCAUUCCUUUCCGAUAUGGCGUGUACACGAAUUACAUUGAUAUCCUCCCCUCCGAAGAAGACGUAGUGUAUGCAAACGGCCACCACACCACCGCCGAACAUAUGGGGCUGUUUCUGAGAACGGCUGCGUGUCUGAAGGAUGCUGAGGCGCAUGCUGAGGCCACGCGGUACAUCCGAGAGGUCAUGACAUCGAAGUUGCUAGGGUUGACCAAUUGGGCUAUCGACAAGGAUACACGCGGGCCGCUGAUCCAAGCCUCUGGGGACGGGAGAUCGGUGAACGCCAACGCCCCGUUGGACGAUCUGCGUGUGGUACGGGGCUUGAUGGAGGGUGCCGCACAGUUCCCAAACGAAGGGGUGGUAACGAUGCAAGCCGCAGAGACGGCCUUGACUGGUUUGUACUGGACAUCGGUGGCCGACGUAAUGGCGUACGAUGCAAGCGAUGAAGAGGCUGAAGACAUCCGCGUGUUUGUACUGCCCCAGUACAAGGGCGGGGUGAUGGGCUAUGCGUAUGACUGGUCCGAGACAGAGGACUCUGCGUCUGGGGACGGAGUACUGGGUGUUGAGCUGAUCCCCAUAGACUAUUCAUACUUGACGACUAUGGCGCUGGCAGCUCGCGUGAACCCAAGGUGGCUGUCAACACUUGAAGCCGCCACGCGAAUGUUGCUCGACAGCGAGAUUGGGAAAUCUGGUUUGUUUUACAACGGGUUGAAAACUACCAAGGGCAAGCUGGGGUACACAGGAGAUUUCGAAUACCGCAACCUCACCGAAAGCAAUCGAGGACGUCAUCUCAAAACCAUCCAGACAAUGUGGAUUGCUCUGCAUCUGGGUGAGAUUGGCAUAAGCACAGGAGGAGGUCUCAGUUCAGACCUUACACGCCUGGCAAAGGCUGCUGCACUACGAUCGCUGGAAGCGUUCCACAAGUUUUACACUGUAAAUGAUAAACGCAUACCCGAGUAUAUGACUGUCGAAGGUACAGAUGUGACCUCGGAUAGCAAGUACCCCCUAGAGCUCGAUGAGAAUCUCUGGAUUGGUGAGGCAAGGAUAUACUCUCAGUUUGCCAAUCUGGCCUACACCUUGAAUCGACACGAUAUUGCUAUUGAUAUCAUGAACGAGAGGGUCAUUUCGGACCGAGUAACAUCGCCAACAAGUCCGGUGCGCGGCUGUAUCGGUGUCUCCGCUUCGACGGAUAACUGCGAGGCGUUCAAUACACUAGAGGCCUUGAAUAGAAUGUGCAUUGUAGCACAAGGCGAGAGCUUGUCAGUGGCUCCGAAGUAAUACGAUCUAUUUAUUACCACAC